AUGAAGUAUAAUGUCACUAAACGAUUUUUAUCGUUCAAUGUUACUAAAAUUAUACAUGAUGCUUUAAUGGAUACGAAAGCUCAUGUUAAUGAAAUAACAGGUCCAAAAUUAAGAACAAGAAAUCAGAUUACUAAGGACAUAACACCAUGGGCCCCUCAAGAUAACAAAACCAUAACAGACAAGUGGUUAUUUGAUGCAAUUCAUAAACCAAAAUUAUAUAGGGUCAAUUUCGCUGGGGUUGUAACUCUAAAGGUACCUAUUGUUUUGAAAAGGCUACAAAACCUCCGAUCCUCUCAUGAUUCCAACUCGUACUUCACAUUACUAAAUAGAUUGAAAACAACAGAUAUAACAUGGAUUUCACAAACAGGAAAAACAAUUGCUGUUGCCAGGAACGAUAUAUCCAAUGAAAAUUAUCUGCCGAUUGAGUUUUACCAUGAAUUAUCUACAAUGCUACGAAAGAUAUCUUUGACAACUAAUGAGGACUCAAUCAACAGGGAUCUCCUGGCAAAGUAUGUUCUCACAUUACUAAAGGAUUAUCAAACCAUCUUUCAUCAAGCCGGUUCAGAAAAAUUAGCCCCGAAUGUCAGGUUCAUCAGAAAUUGCUUAUUGAUCAUUAUCAAGUCGAAAUCAUAUAUCUACUUUAAUUCAGCUCUGAACCAUUUGUCAGGUUUAAAAAAGCACAACCUUACAUAUAACUUAAUGGUGCUUGAGUUUUACGUUGAAACAAAGCAAUUACCUAAAUUGAUGAACUAUUUAAGAACUGUGUUAUUAUGCGGGGUUGAAAAAUCUGAAAAACUGAAAGAAGAUGUCCAUGUCUUUACGAGCUCCAUUUUGAAGAUUGCUACUUUUCUCAUUUUGAAUAAUCAAGAAAAACUAUGUGGCGAGUUCAUACAUAGUUUACAGGACAACUUUGGACUCAAAAUGGAUUCUCAUACUCGCCAUAAAUUACUAGAAAUUAGUAAAUCAUAUGCCGCCCUUAAUUUGGAAUCAUUACUACUAUUUCAAGAGGGUAACAACGAAUUAGCAGCUUUAGUAAAGCUCAAAAGCUUAUCAAAUGGGAGGGAGAUAUCACCUAUACUGGACACGUUGGAAUCAUUUACUCAAAAAGAGAACAUUGAAGAGAAUGAAUUGUUAUUUCUCCAAAAUAUAUUCCCGCCGAGGUCGGUUACUUUAGAGAGUUGGUACACCUAUCUGGAUCAAAUGGACCCCAUGGUAAAUGGAGCUUCAGAUGAUAUUAAAUCAAUUAUAUUUAAUUCAGUUUUACGAUAUUUGUCUGGUACUAGAAAUUUGGGAUUCAUCUUGCUAAUCUUGGAACAUAUUGUCUUUAAGCUAGGCCACACCGACCUUUUUACAAGCAAAUCAUCAUGUUCAAUCUUCCAUUCAUUGAUUAAAGCCAUAAGAAGCAAUGAAUCGUCGAAUAUAACAAUGUUUUAUCUCUUUACGUGGUUAGACAAAAAUGAAAAUUUUGCAUUUAAUGUUAAGGACAUCCAGUUUGCAAUUGAAAAUGCGCAAUGCGUGGAUUUAGAACCUGACUCCUUCAGAUUUUAUCUCCUAAAAUGUUAUUUAAUGAAUGGGAAGGUUGAAACGAUAAAGCUACUUAGUGCAAUGAGUAACGACAGAAAGGGAAUUAGCAAUAAUGAAGCAAGAGAACUGAUUGAUAACAUGCUAGCAUGGCUUAGUCUAAAUAAUAGUGACAAAACUAAGGAGGGACUAGAAAGUAUUUUAGGAAGCAAUACGGAAGAAAUAGAGCAACUUUCUAUUGACCGCCUGAUAGAUACCUGUCAACUGAGUCAUCCUAGGAUGCGAGCAAUGAAUUCACGAAGCCAAAACUAUCAAUUUGGUGUUGAUUAUCAAUACUAUCAAAGUUUAAAGGCAAUCCUAAAUGACUAA